GUCCUUCAGUUAAUUCAACCAGGGACUAAAACCUAAAAACAACAAAGCUGAGAGACCGUCCCUGCUGCUCUAUCGUUGUUGCAUCGUAAUAGUCGGAGUAACACUAAACUCAACUUCCCCAAAAACACCGCCGGACUUCAACGCCGGCCACCAGAAACUUCCAAAGAUGAAGGUGGUUGCACUUGUUAGCGGCGGGAAAGACAGUUGCUACGCCAUGAUGAAGUGUAUUCAAUACGGCCAUCAGAUCGUCGCGUUGGCGAAUCUGAUGCCGGUUGAUGAUUCUGUCGACGAACUCGAUAGCUACAUGUAUCAAACUGUUGGACAUCAAAUUAUCAUCAAAUAUGCUGAGUGUAUGGGAUUGCCAUUAUUUAGGAGGAGAAUUCAAGGUUCAUCAAAGCAUCUUGAGCUUGGUUAUAAAAGGACUCAAGGUGAUGAAGUUGAAGAUAUGUAUAUUUUGUUACGCGAAGUCAAGAGGCAGAUCCCCUCUGUUACUGCUGUGUGUUCCGGUGCCAUUGCAUCUGAUUAUCAGAGACUGCGCGUCGAAAGUGUUUGUUCUAGGUUAGGUCUUGUUUCUUUGGCUUAUUUGUGGAAACAAGAUCAGUCCUUGCUCCUCAAUGAAAUGAUUGCAAAUGGAAUAGUAGCUGUAACUGUGAAGGUAGCUGCCAUGGGUUUGGAUCCUGCAAAGCACUUGGGUAAAGAAUUAGCCUCAUUAAAUGCUUACUUGCAUAAAUUGAAAGAGUCAUAUGGAAUAAAUGUUUGCGGAGAAGGAGGGGAAUAUGAAACAUUAACUCUUGAUUGCCCGCUCUUUAUUAAUGCUCGCAUUGUGCUUGACAAAUAUCAAGUUGUGAUGCACUCUUCAGAUUCCAUAGCUCCUGUGGGAGUCCUUCAUCCCUUGGCAUUUCAUUUAGAAAACAAGGCAGACGACCACUCUUUAAAAACACAAGACAAAAUACAUGAGAUUUCUAUGCAGAAAUUGGGAUCUGUGUUUGAAGUGCAUGACGGUCUAGAAAGUUUCGAAGCCAUAUGCAAGCCUCUUGAUUGCACUUAUCCAAUUGACGUCGUAGAACAUAAAUUUAACAUUUCAAGAACAAAUAACAUGAAUACAUUCUCCAUGUGUUGCUGGUUGCAAGAUUCAUGCAAUGCAGAUUUGCAGGAAGAUUUAAAGAUUAUUUUGAGGAAAAUUGAAUUGCAACUAGCAGCGUUUGAUUUUGGCUGGGAGAAUGUACUCUAUAUACACCUUUACAUCGAUGACAUGAAUAAGUUCUCUGAGGCAAACGAGACAUAUGUGAAGUUUAUAACACACGAGAGGUGCCCAUUUGGCGUCCCAUCUCGAAGUACAGUUGAAAUGCCUCUACUUGAGAUGGAUUUUAGUAGAGCAUACGUUGAAGUUUUGGUAGCAAAUAAUAAAGGUAAAAAGGUUUUGCAUGUGCAGAGUAUUUCUAGUUGGGCACCUAGCUGCAUUGGGCCAUACAGCCAGGCAACCUUGCAUGAGGGUAUACUUCACAUGGCUGGUCAACUGGGGCUUGACCCUCCUACCAUGAAUCUUUGCAGUGGAGGCCCUGGGGUUGAACUGGAACAGGCACUAAAAAACAGUGAAGCAGUGGCAAAAUCUUUUAACUGUUCAAUAUCGACAUCUGCAAUUGGUUUUGUUAUUUACUGUUCUAAAAAUAUCACUUUACUGGAGAGACUCGAUAUCGAGAAGAAACAAGAAACAAUCCUCAGACAAAUGAAGAUAGCUGAAUUACAGGAAGGCAAAAAGUGCAAAACAUUAGAAACCAUAUUCCUUUAUGUCCUUGUUCCUGAUCUACCAAAAAGAGCAUAUGUUGAAGUGAAGCCCAUUCUUUAUGUCGAGGACGGUGAAGAUGUAGAAAUUGAGACCAUCACAGAAAGAUCUUGUUCAAAGACAUCAUGUUAUUGGGGUUUCAAGCACGAAAGUUGGCAUGAUUCUUGCUUUCAGAAAUGUGUGAUUCCCGGAAAGCUAUGUGCCAUUAUAUUGUCAAUCACAAGUGAUCUGGCUGCAAAGAUAUCUCCUGAAUCUUUGCCUACUGAUACUGUCAAUAAUAAUGGUCAAUGUUCUCUACCUAAAUCACGAAUGGAGCAGUUAUCAAAGUUCUGCAUUUAUCUUCUUGACAAAGUUCUAAUAGAUAACGACUUUGCCUGGGAAGAUAUAAUGAGUUUGAGGUUCUACAUCCCAGUCAGCCUUCAAAUGUCAGUGGAGCUGAUACAACCUAUGUUAUGCAAUGCACUUUUUGAACUUUCUCAAAUAAGUCAGAGGGAGGUUAAAAAUUCUGAGCCAAUCUUCAACAUAGUUCCUGUUACAGGUGCUGGGCGGUCUGCUUCAUCCAUAGACGAUGUAGUGACCUGUGAAUUACUGGCUCAAAAAUACUGAGUAUAUCAGCUGAUGUGCAAGGUUUUUUAUUUUAUUUUUCCUUUUCAAAUUUGUUGCAUUAACCCUAUUUUUUAAUUAAAAACAUAUAAAAUAGGAUCAAAUGGAAUAGGUUUUAUUCAGCCAUUUAGGUUCUUUUGCUGACUUGGCUUUUAAAAAAAAUUGGGCAGAGCAGACUAUACAAUGAUCUUCGCCAACGUCUGAUAAAAUUCUGGAGUUACCCUUUUAGUUUUAUGAAUCAAUCAGAAUCUGCAAUAUUCAGAUGUAUGGAACGCUGUAUAAUUUUUUCAAAAUGUAAUUUAUAUUGAUAAUGUACUGUAAACCCAAACUGUUGCUUAUCUUUUUGGUCAAUCUUAUAAUGAGAUGAUUAUUUUUGUCUUGGG